AUGAAUUCGCACCGAAUCACUAUUGCAGACCCAAGUUUGGUUCGCUCGGCACAACACCGAAGCGCUUCGUCGAACUCGACCCGCCCUCCAAUCUUCACAACGUCACAGAAAAAGCGUGCAGUAUUUGGGAAGUCAAUGUCUCCGUUACUAGAAGCUUCUCCACACUGUGAAGAGGAAUCAUUUUCCCAAGACGACUGCUCUUCACAGCAAUCUGAACCGAUCGCUCAAAGAAGACAACUGGGUGAAUGGUCAAAAGAGGUUUUUCAAAGGAAGAAAAAGAGUUCGCCGGUCCAAGAAGAGCGAAAAUUUUUGGGAAGAAAGCAAAUCAUUCCACAAGCUGACGCAAAUAGGGAAGGACAUUUAACGUCACUCCAAGUUGUUCAUCCGUCGUUUAAAAGACACGCAAGACAAAUUCGGUACGACGAUUUGCAGCAAAUUGAAGAUCUGAACACAAGAAGAAAAACGGAAAUGACGCUGUCGUAUAGCCUCGACUUACCACAAGAGGCCGUUUCACCACAACUUGGUGACGAUAAUGAAUAUUCGAGAAUGGAACAGUUAAAACGAUUCUCAAUUCGAACGCCCGUGGCAAAUACAUUCAAUCCACGCGCACCAACAUCGUGGAUACUCGAUGGGAAUGAACCGUCGAGAGAGUACUUAGCGGAGAACUACCCCCUCUUUUGCGAUAUCAUUUCAUUUGACACAAACCCCGUCAACUGGAAACGUGAAAAUAAGUUGGAACAAUUGCCGUUUUAUGCGAAGGCAAGACGUGUGAAGGUGUUGAUGUGUACGUGGAAUGUGAAUCAAGGAGUAUUCAGUCGGGAGGAGAUUGAUAAAUGGACGCAAGACGUCGAGAGCUCUCCGGACAUUGUGUGUUGUGGGUUAGAAGAAUUAGAGAUGAGCUUUGAUGCGAUUAUUACGGGAAAGAAAUUUAGUGAAAAGUCCGUACUUUGGGACAAUUUGAUAUUUGAAUCGAUCAAUCGCUUUGAAAAGAAGUACUUUCGAUUGGGGUAUUACCAAUUGUGUGGUGUGGUGUUAUAUGUGUUUUUCCAUGAACGGAUGGAAAAUCAUAUUGAAGAAGUUGGGUUUGCGGAUUGUCGAGUUGGUGCGAUGAGUGGGAAGUUGGCGAAUAAAGGGGGUGUUGCGUAUCGCAUGAAAGUUUAUGAUUCAACCAUCAGCUUUGUGGGGAGUCACUUAGCCGCACAUCAACAAUUUUGGGAAAAGAGAAAUUCCGAUUGGGCUGAAAUUGCGAAGAUGAAAAUCCCAUACUUCAAUGGGAAAAGUUUGAAGAUCGAAAAGAUCGGCGUGUUGGACAAUGACGUUGUUGUCUGGAUGGGAGACUUGAAUUACAGAAUUGAAAUGACCGACUUCGAUGUGCGGAAAAACUUGAAAAGCAAAAACUUAGAAAAGUUGAGGAAACAUGACCAACUCCUGACAACGAUAAAAGAGGGGAAAGCGUUUAAACAUUUUGAGGAGGGAUUAAUCGAGUUUAUGCCGACAUUCAAAAUUUGCAUAGGAGAGGGAACUUAUAAAGGAAAUCGGAUUCCAUCGUGGUGCGACCGAGUCCUGUGGAAAAUUGAGAACAGACACAACGUUGAGUGCGUCAAAUACACAAGCCACGAGUUGUACCCAAGUGACCACAAACCAGUCACUUGUUUGCUUGACAUUGAUGUUCAAGAAGUUGAUGAUGCCAAACAGAAGGAAGUUGAGUUUUAUUUAAACAAAGUCGAGCAAAAGUAUCGAGACAUAUUGAUCCCAAACGUCAGCAUAACGCCACAAACAAUUUCUGUGCAAUACGUCGAGUUGUUCAAAAAAUUUAAGACGCAAAUUGAGUUGAAGAAUAAAGGUAAAAUUAAAACGAAAUACAAAGUCGAGGGGAGUGUUAAUGGGAUCUUCAGUGAAGAUUGGUUAACCCUCAAAAAUUGUGAAGGUACCCUUAACAUAUUUGAAGGACUCGGCAAUAUCAAAAUGGAGAUUGAAGUUUGCAUCAGUCAAGAAAAUGCGUGGAUGUACCAGGACAGGAAUAUGUUACUCAAGAAAAUAACAAUUGUGUUUGGAACAAACGAGAAGGUAAGUCAGAGUUUCACAGUACAAGUCAAAACGCCGCCCUCUGUUAUUGGAAUGCGCCUUGAAUCACUCAAUCGAAUGCCACGACCGAUGUGUGGUCCAUUCAAGAAGACUAUCAUCUACACGGAAGCACCCUUUUUAAUACCAAAGGAAAUAUUCAGAACUGUGGAUCAUAUUGUGAAGCACUACACGGUUGGCUGUUUCACAAAGAGCGAAAAAGUCCAAGAGGAUGAUAUAUAUAAUGUAAUCACAAAGUUAAAUAAAGAGGAAGAAUUUGAUGUGUGGCCCCUUGAGGUUUUUUGUGAGAGUUUGUUGUUACUUCUGUCAGCAUUAAGCAAGCCCGUUGGAUACUUUGGGUACACCGAAAAUGAAAUUUUGUCGGAUUCAGUUCUUCUUCAACAAAUUCGAUUCAUGAUACCCGAUGAAUACAGAAGGCUCUUCACGUAUAUCGUCGCCUUUUUGAAGGACUUGGUUUCAAAGGGGGAAGAUGAGAAUAACCUCAUCAAUAGAUUUGCACCACACCUCUUCAGGUGUUAUAAUAAGGAAAAGGUUCCACCUUUUGUUCACUUCCUGAAGAUCUUUUUUAAAGAGUCUGUCCACGUCUCUAUUUAA